AUCGUUGUCUUCUCACGGUCAAAUUUUCUGGAAAAAAGAAGGCUGAAUUGGGGCUAAGGGUUUUCUUAACAAGGCGAGAUUGAUUUUGUUGAAUUCGGAUUACUCGGCUCGAAUAACAUGCUGUAUGUACACUAACACUUGUUUUGCAGCGCUGGAAAGCAUCCGGUCUGCAACUUCAAAGUUGGGCUAUCCCUAAAGGGCACUAGUUUACAGAAAUGGGCAGCGAGGAGCCAAGAGACCCGUUGCAAGGGGUCGAUUGGAAAGCUGUUGGUAAUGACAUGCAGAGGAAUCCCGGUGAUAAACCAGGAAUAAAGAAGCGGCUUCCCAAGAAGAUUAGGCAGAUUCCAGAGUGCUAUUUUCUUCCUCGAAGAUCUCGACUCUACAACUUUACAUUUGUUGGAGCAUGUAUUGCUGGUGGAAUUGGUGCAGGGAUGCUGGUGGAGAUGUGGAUAAACAAGAAAGUUAGAGAGGAUGGAGGCGUAUUAUGGGAGUUUGACAAAUAAAGCCCAGAUAGAGUUGUGAAUGUAUCGGCAUUAGAUUUGAAACUUUAUUAAUGAGGCAUAGGCUGCAAAGACAACUGCAUUUGGUUUCUAAGCUAAUGUUUGGUAUUGGCAUUUUUGUAUAAGCAAAAAUUGUCUCUUUUGUUUCAGCCCUUAUUAUUUAGUGUACAAGAACUGCCACAGAAGUUGUCUUGAUUGUUGUUCAUACCCAUUUUCAUUGUGCAAAGAAAGCAUGUGAAAGAAUAAGAAUGGUGUUGCCUCUUCCACCUCAA